AUGUCGAAUGCGCAGGUUGGCAACGUCUAUAGCCAGAUCAUCGGCGAUGUGAUUGAGAGUUCGCGGGUGGAUUUCGAAGAGGGUGGUGUUGAUGAAGCCGUCUUGGAGGAGUUGAAAACGGUAUGGCAAAAUAAACUGUCUUCGCUCAAUGUAGCUACUUUCCCAUGGGACCCAAAGCCCGAACCACCGCAGGCAGUCGUCCAGCCGCCUACCUUACCUUCCAAUGCUGGCAAUUACAUGAGUGCACCUCCUCAUGGUGUUCAGCCCCAAAUGCAACAAAUGCCGCCUCUUCAAAAUCCCAAUGGCCCUCGUAUCAAGACUGAACCCGGGUUGGAGAAUUCAAAUAUUGGCAUGAGCCAGGCUCCCUACCAAAACCCCGUUUUAGCAAUGCCCAAUGCCACGACAGCUCAACAAAGAGCGGCUCAGCAUUUGCAAAACAGUUAUGGCCAAAGAGCUGCUGCCUCGAUCAACGCUAUCCAAGGAUCUGCCCCACCCCAAGCUGGCCAACCUGGUAUGCAAAUGACACAACAACAGCAACAAGCUAUGCAACAACAACAGCACCGUCAGAUGCAAAUGCAGCAGCAACAGCAACAAGCACAACGCGGUGGUCAAAUGCCUCCCCAGCUGCAGUCAAAUCGUGGUCCGGCCCCGACCAUGACCCAAGAGCAGUAUCGGCAGGCGAUGGCUGCGCAAGCUCAACAAAAGCUACAGAGCCAGGGUGUUGUAAACGGACAGAAUCCUCAGAUGCCUAAUGUUCAAAAUGGUCAAGGCCAGAGUAGCCUGGCUGGGGCACAGGUUGACGGUGGAGAUGAUGAGGUAGAGUCUGUUGGCCUCGUUAAGCAAUUAAACGAAAAUGGCGAAGAAACUAUUAUGGGUAGAUUCGAAAUUGAUGGUAUGAUCAGGCAGAAGAUUGAGGCAAUGGGUCAGAAGAUGGAAGGUGGUGGCCUAAUGUUGCCCUUGAAACAGGCAUCCACUGCAUCGAAGCGCCAACGGAAGGUCAAGAAGUCCGAACUGAGUGGUCAACAUGAUGGCGCUGGUUCUGAUGACGACUUGAAAGAGGAGGAUAUUGAUGAGGAUGCAAUAAACUCUGACCUUGAUGACCCAGAUGAUGGACUAAAUGAGGAGGAUGACGAUGAGGAUUCUAACUCCCACAUCAUGCUUUGCAUGUAUGAUAAAGUACAACGGGUCAAGAAUAAGUGGAAGUGUGUCAUGAAAGAUGGUGUCCUGACGGUAAAUGGCAAGGAGUAUGUCUUCCACAAGGCACAGGGCGAGUACGAGUGGUAG